GAGCGCAGCGGCAACAGCAACAGCAGCAACAACUAGUAAAAGCCCACGCCAAUGUAUGACAAAUCAAAGAAAACUUGGAGUCAGCGGCUCAAAAUCAGCAGCGACAAUAAGAACGCUUCUCUAGCCACAGCUGGCGGCAUGCAGACCCUUCAGCUGCUGCACAUGCAGCAGCAGCAGCAACAGCAGCAGCAGCAGUUGCAGCAUCAGCAGCAGCAGCUGCAAUACCAUCAUCAACAGCAGCAGCAGCAGCAGCAGCAUCAUCCCCAUCAUCAUCUGGCAUAUCAGCUGCCGCCGCCGCCUGCUGCUCCGCCGCCUGGCUAUGAGUUCCUGCCCAGCGCGCUCUCGCGCUCCAUGAAGUACGCAGAGCCCUGGAUCUAUGGCACGGUGCGUGGCAUACCCGCCCGCCCCUCCUACGGCUACGGGCACCCGCAUGCAGCGGCUAUCUUUGCGACGGAUGGCGAGCCGGGCGGAGCGACGGCAUUGGCCGUUGUGAUCUGUUCGUGCGCAGAGUAUCUGAACGGCACGAAACGUGAUGUGAAGAAGGCGAGCGUGUGCAAGAAGUGCAAAGGUUCACGCCUGCCCCUGGCCACCAUUAGUGGCGGCGGCACCGUGCGGCUGCCAGCGGCAGCUGCUGCCGUUCGCCGUCCGAUGGCGGCGACAAUGCGCGUGGUUAGCGCCACCAAAAAGUCACGUCCUACGAUUCUGGAUCCACAAAAGGAUCCCUAUGACCUGAUGCGACGCACACGGCUGCUAUCGCCGGAGCCCAGCGCCGCCGAGUCAAGCGCCAAGGAAGGCAAGUCACGUAGCCGCGAAACAACUGCCACAGCCACAUCCCCAGCCACAGCCGCUGCCUCCUCCAACGGCAAGGCGGCAGCAACUGCCACGAGCAUGCAGCGCGGACGCACCAGAACGCGGGCCCAGCUGCCCCUAGCUCGCACGUCGAAGAGCACGCCCACGGCUCCGCCAGAUCCGGCCGAUUGCUGGCUGGAGGAGGACAGCGAGGCGCUGCUGCAGAGCAGCGGGCUGCUCAGCAAGCGGCAGGCAGCCAGCAAUUCGCGUCGCUCCAUCUUGCGCUGCAAUGUGAAUCCCUACGAACUGAUCUCAGUCGAAAGCCAAGCCAAGACCAAAAACAAUGAUGACUUUGAUGUGGCCGAUGCACAGCUGCACGAGGAUGAACACGAGCAAUGUCGCCAGCAGCAAAAGCAGCCACAGCAAAAGCAGCCGCAACAGCAACAGAAGCAGCAGCAGCCACAGCAGCAGCAGCAACAGCAGCAGCAGCAGCGCAGCAAGUUCUACAAUAAUAAUGUGGCAGCAAUUGCUGGUCAGCGCAUUAGCCUGGGCGAUAAGUCAAACGAUGCUGGCGACUCCAGCGAUGGCUAUGAACGCAUAAUAAUUGCCACAGAGCCAACGCCACCCGCAGCUGCAACAGUUGCCAGCAAUCCAAGGCGUCCACCGCGCAACAAGAAGCCAGAGGAAUCGCCUAAUCUCGCACUCGUCGAUGCACAGCCAGCGGCAACUGUUGCAGCUGCCGUUGCGGCUGACGAUGAUUCAAACAGCUCGGAGGCUUAUACCGUGCUAACUGUGACGCCCACUUCGCCCGGCAUCAAGUCCAUACUGAAGCGGCCGACCACACUGGAGCUGAACGCUCCUUUGCUGUCGCCUGACACCGGCUUGACGCCUGCAACGGCGCCUGUGUUGACGCCCGCGGGCAAGUCACAGUUCUAUAUACCAACGCCAACGACGCCGGGGACAGCGACAGCAGGAGCGGGGGGAACUGCAACUGCCACGCCCACGCCAACGCCCACGUCUGCGUCGAGUACACGCAAAAAAGUGCAAUUUAUGGUUGAGGAUAAAAUCAUAGACACGACUACGGAUGCUGCAGCAGUCACGGCGACAACUGAUGACAGCGAGAAUUCCGUUGUUGUUGCUUCGGAUGAUGAGACAACGGCAGCAGCAGCAACAGCAGCAACACCAACAACAACAGCAAACUAUGAGUACUACAAUCGCAAGCGCAACGCAGCCACACAGCAGGCAGCAGCACAGCAGCAAGAGCAACAGCAACAACAGCAGCAACAGCAACUGACAUUGUCUGCGCUUGAAUCUGACAUUGAUGAUGAGUAUAACUUUACAGCUUCCGCUGAGCCAAAAGCAACAACUGCAACGCUGGCCACGCAUAUUACGCCAGAUAGUUUGCAUUAUGAAGAUGUGCUGCCGCCUGUGCAUCAAAUAUUUGACAAUAGUCGCCGCAGCAGCAACAGCAGCAACAGCAGCAGCAACAGCAACAGCAACAGCAACAACAACACUGAUGCUUGCCAAGUAGCUGAAAUUUUGCCAAACUCAACAACUGCUGCUGCAGCUCCUGAUGGCUCCAAAUUAUUAUUGUCGGCGUCAAGUCCGAGCCAUGCUGGGUCAACAGCAACAGCAGCGACAGCAACAGCAACAGGAACGGCAACAACAUCACCGCAUGUCACUGCUGCAAAUGUUGUUAGCGCUUUAGCAGCGGCAGGCAACGCCACAACAGCAACGACAAGGACUACGACAACGGCAACGACAGCCCAAAAGGCGACAGCAGCAAAUCGCGAUUAUGACGAUGAUGACGAGCACAACGACAGCAACAAUAGCAACGACAAGGACCAAGACGAGGACCACGACCAGCAGGCUAAGUCUGAGGCUGAGGCUGAGGUUGAGCCUGCCACCGAGUCGAAGCUGGGUAAGCUGCAACAGCAUCAGCAGCAGAAGAGCAAGGACGAGGCCAACAGCAGCGGCAGCAGCAGCAGGCCGCGGGCAAGUCAAAAGCGUGCAGCACAAACGACACAAUCGCGAAAUCCCAUCAGACGCGCUCACAGCGAAAGGCAUUUGUCUGCCCCGCCCAGCUCGAAGUCGAGGCCACAGCCUGGCCAGGACAAGCACGACCAGCAGCAGCAGCAGCAGCAGGAGCAGGAGCAGGAGCUGGAGCAGGCAGAGCACUCAGCAUCAAACCCCUCGCAGUCUGGUGUCAUUUUAAAUUUUAAGGACACAAUGGCGCUGCGCAUAAAAAGCAACCGCAACGACUCGAGAGAUUUAUUUCAAAGGCGACCAACAGAGCCGCCGCCGCCGCCGCCUUUGCCCAAGACGCCGACCACAAACGGAUUAGAGAAGCAGCCGCAGCCGCAGCAAAUCAAUAAGUCAACUGCUCCUGCUUCCGCUUCAUCGCAGUCGCCAUCACCGUCGCCGUCGCCGUCGCCAUCUCGGCAGCAACAGCCAAAGCCACAGCCACAGCCACAGCAGAGAACUGUGGUCCGGGUGGCGCCCUUUAACAAGAGCAGCGAGGUGCAUCGCCUGAAAAUCUCGCACAGCGAACAGGAUGCCCAUCCUCUGCAGCUGGAGCACAAUGUCACGAUGCGCUGCCACUCCCCGCAUGCGGAGUCGGACGUGGCGCCCAAGAAGACAUCGAUACUGAUUAACGGCGACGACUGCUACUCCACCAUGAAUCUCAGCGCCGAUGCCGCCCAGCCGCUCUACCAGUCCUCCGUGGUGGUCAACAGCCAGACGGCGAACAGCGUGUGCAUCAGCGUGAGCAGCGCCGAGGAGCAGCUCAUCCAGCAGCACAAUCUGCUCAACACGCUACGCAGCCAGCAUGCCAAUCUGGCUGCCAUUAUACCGAUCAGGAGCAGCAACGCCAGCGAAGUGAAUCUGCAGCGUUCCGCUUCAUGCAUCUCAUCCACGUCGAGUAGCUCGACGUCGAGCAGCAGCAGCUCGAGUGGACGCGGUCGCACCUUGAUUAGGCUGGACUAUGACAAGGAGCUGGCCACAGCCGGCAGCAGGCAUUCAGCUACCACGACCACGCCCAUCAAUACGCCUUCGCCGCCAGCAAUUUGCUCAACGCCAGCCACUCCACCGCCGCCGUCUCCGUCAGCGAGCGCGGCACUGGUGCCGCACGAGACGGAGCUGCUUAAGAUUCUACGAAAUCCCGUGGAGGCAGUCAAACGGAAUCUCGUGCCGCAUGUCUGCGGUCUGCGACUGCCCGCAACGGAUGCCCUGCGCAGCAAGAAAAUGCAAGAGACGCCAACAGCUGCCACGCCCACCAAGGAGGCAGCGCCGAGCAGUGGCUUCAUAGCCAAGCUCUUGCAGGAUCCGAUGCUGAGCCAGGUGGCCGACGGCCUGGAGACGGACACUGUGGCAGAGCUGAUCGAGAACUCGCUGGAGCGACUGCAGCGAACGCGCGAAGGCAUCGACAUGAGCGGCACCAAAGACCACGAGGACAUGAACCGGCUGAUCAACGUCUCGUUGCAGCGCGUGCGCCAGGAGCGACAGCCGGCAGCGGCCUCGACGACAGCGACACCAACGACGACUCAGACGACGACGGCGACGACAACGACCGCGACGACCAAAGAGGAGGAUCGUCUGUCCAAUCGGGGCAGCAUCAGUUCCGCCAACAGCUUCGCCUCCGCCCACAACUACGAGCUGUUCGACUUCGAAGCGGCGGCCAAUGAAUCCGAUUGCUAUCAAAGCUGCUCGAGCGAGAUGACAGCUUCAGGCGUGCUGGAGGAGGUGGCGGCCGAGGCAGAGCCCGCAACAGACUCCGAUGUGGAUGCCUCGACACGCGCCAAGUUCUAUCAGCUUCUGGUGGACGCAACUCUCGCGGAGAUCGAGCACAGCACGCACACAGAGGCCGAGCAUCACUAUGAAUCCAUCAGGCAUCAUGGCGAUCCCAUUUAUGAGGAGAUCAACGAAGUGCCACCGCCUUUGCCCCUCACCGCACCCCCUCUGAACGAUGCCGAGCUGGAUAAGAAGGCGGCACGUUCCAUCUUUGAGGGCGCCUCCAAAUACGACAUACUCUCCUACCUGGUAGACGCCAAGGAGCGCGGGCUGGUGCGCGAGGAGAGCUUCGACUACAGCAACAAUCCGAAGAUCAUCGAAGAGGAGGCCAGCGACACGCUCAGCGAGCUGGAGAAGCGAGUCAGCUGCGACGAUAGCCACAGCAACAUGAGCUCCUUGUCGCCGCCGCCGCACAACUUCAUCUGCGGCAAGAGCGGCAGCGAUGUGGAGCGCCAGGACUCCGGCGUUGGCUCCGAGACAAGCAAGUCCUCGCGCAGCAAAUACCAGCCGGCUGUGAGUCCCUUGCACCUAUGCGAGGACUGCGACGGACCUGUCGAGACGCAGCUGAGCGAGGCGGGCGUCCUCUAUGCGCCGCUCGUGUGCCGCAAGUGUGGCAAGAAGCGGGUGGAGCGCAAGGAGAUUAUCACUGAGAUUGUGGAGACGGAGGAGAAAUAUGGCCGCGACUUGCAAAUCAUACUGGAGGAGUUCUGCCAGCCGAUGCUGGUGGCCGGCCUGCUCACCCAGGAGCAGCUCUCUGCAAUCUUCCUCAACACGGAAGACUUGCUCGAGAACAAUCAGACGCUGGCCGAGCGUAUGCGAGACGCCCUGGACAUUGCUCUGGAGCAGGGCGACGAUGAUCUCCUGACGGUCAACAUUGGGCGCAUCUUUCUCGACUUUACCCAAAUGCUGCACGCCUUCGAGAGCUAUUGCGUGCGACAGGCGGGCGCCAGCCUGCUGCUGGCCAAUCUCGAGAAGGAGAAGGAGCUGCUGCGCAUCUUCCUGAAGGUCUCUCAAAUGGAGAACGCCGUGCUGCGUCGCAUGAAUCUCAACUCGUUUCUGAUGGUGCCCGUACAGCGUGUCACCAAGUAUCCAUUGCUGCUGGCGCGUUUGUACAAGGUGACGCCCGCACACCUGGAUGGACGUGAGCUGUUGAAACAGGCGCAGGAGAAAAUUGAAUUGCAUUUGAAUCACAUCAACCAGGAGGCCAAGGAUGUGCCCACCAAGCUCUGGCGCCGCAUCAGCUCCUCGAGCCCCAAUCGGCGUGCCUCCUGCGAAAUUGAUAUGAUAAACAUCAAGCUGCGCAAAAUGGCCAUCGACAUACUCGAGUGGAAUCACGAUGAGGUCCGCUUCGCCAUGGAGGGCAAGCUCCUCUACACGCAGCCCACCGACAGCAACUGGAAGAAGGCGCGCACCAUCAAGCUGACCCCAGUGAAUGCGCUGCUCGUGACCAAUGGCAAGCCAAGUACCAAUUAUAGGGCAGAGAAGGCCAUGUCGGAUAAACUGAAUUUCCCGAAGCACAAUGGCAUUCGGGAGGCCUCGCUGCUGAUGGUGAAGGAGAAGUGCGGACGGUACACGCUGACACGGGAGCCGUUGUAUCUGGACAGAUGUGUUGUGUGCAGCGAAGCGGAUUGGGAUGAUUAUUUCGAAGUGCAGGAAAUUUCAUCGAAGGACACAUUCAUAUUCAAAGCUGAGGAUGGCCUACGCACUAAGCAGUGGUACACACAGCUGCAAUAUCACGCCCAAGGCAUGGGGGCGUGGCGCAAGCGGCGCAACGCUUUGGCCAACAUAAUGAUCAACGGAAUGCUCACGCGCACUUAGCCAACAAGAACAGCAACAGCAACAACAACAACAAUUUGGAAAUUGGCAUUUAAUGUGUAUUCGAUGCAUUACUAUUAACCAGCAAUUGAAUAAUUAUAGUUUAAGUGAUAUAUAUAUAUACAUAUAUACAAAUUUAUAUACAAUUUAACCAUAGUGUUUACAACAAAUACACCUACACAGAGCGAAAAAAAAUGAAAGAAGAAAAGUAAAUAAAAUACCUAUAUACAUUAUACAUAACACUCUAUAACGACACA